AUGCCAGUUAAACUGUACAGUGAAGAAGCCACCUUUGAUGGUGAUGCUGAUAGUAAAAUCAACUAUAAUGAUGCUAUAGAUUAUUGGUCAUCCGUACCAGCAUCAGUGAAUGGUGUUUUGGGAGGUUAUGGUGAACAAACAUCUGUUCCAAAGGCAGAUAUUAUAGGAUCAAGCACAUUUAUAAGGAAAUUAUCAUCAAGAAUGCCUUGUGAAGGACCUAAAUUAACUAUUGAUAUGGGUGCUGGGAUAGGUAGAAUCACCAGAGACUUCUUAUGGAAAAUCAGUGAUACUGUAGAUUUACUUGAACCAGUGAAACCAUUUGUUGCUCAAAUGGAGAACGAAUUAAAAGAAGUAAAGAAUAGAGGUAAGUUAGGUGAUAUUUAUGAUAUUGGAAUGCAAGAAUGGCAAUGUGCUCCAGAAAAACUCGGUCAAUAUUGGCUUGUUUGGUGUCAAUGGUGUGUAGGACAAUUACCUGACGAUGAAUUAGUUCAAUUCUGGAUUACAUGUAAAAAAGCUUUAAAACCUGAUGGAACAUUAAUUGUUAAGGAAAAUAUUGCUCCUGUUGAUGAUAUUUUCGAUGAAACUGAUUCUUCAGUUACCAGAACUGAUGAAAAAUUCAGAUCGUUAUUCAUAAAAGCAGGUUAUAAAUUGAUCGCUUCUGAUGUUCAAAAAGGAUUACCUAGAGAAUUAUACCCUGUAAGAAUGUACUGUUUGAAACCGAUAUAG